AUGGCUCCCAGAGAACCUACUCGUGCACAAUUGUCGUCCAGACUCGCAUAUCAACAAAGCACUCCUAGCUUCCUCCUGAAGCUUCAAAACCGUAUCAAUGGCAUCCCGGAUGAAGACGACGACGACGACGAAGAGUUCGAAUAUGUCGGUGGAGGACGUGAGCCUAUUCCAAAACGGCCACGGCCAGCUAUCCCGGAGAGACCGCAAGACGAUCCCGGGAGUGCAGAUGAGGAUGAUGGAGACGAGAAACCUCAAGUCGUCGUGCUGAAGGCUGGCAAACAUCUGACGGAGAGGGAGGCUGAGAAUGUCCGCCGUGCAGAGAAAGGUCUUCCUCCGUUACCACACCCUGACGUUGAAAAGAAAGACGCAGACCCGAAGCAAGACAAAUCCCAGGACGCGUCGUCUUCUACCUCGAAGUCUACGCCCCAAGGGCUUACAUUUUCUUCGUCUUCCAAGGCGGGCCCCAAGUCAAACAAGCGGAAGGCUGUAGGAAUGCUGGACGAGAUCAAAUCUCCAGAAACAUCGAAGGAUAAAGCCAAAAAUCCAUCGAAGAAGCUCAAGAAAGAGAAAAAAACACUUCUCUCAUUUGGAGAUGAUACCUGA